CUCCGAGGAUAUAGGAGAUUUGCUCCUAAUUAACUGAGUGCAAUUCUUGGCCAAAUGCACUCCAGAAAGAGCUCCUUCAUACCACUCAGCAACUCCUAUAAAAGAUCCAGCAGAAAUGGAAAAGGCAUCCUGCUGCCCCCGGUGCGGAGUGGCUAGCGUGGGAAAGCAGAGCCCGGCAGCUGAACGAGAAUGUGAUGCUUGAGGAACCUUCUGCCCACUUUUUAUAGGAGGGAUGGAGAUCUCCAAAAUACUCGGGCUCCUGGUGGAGCUCUCGAGUCUGCUAUCCUGUCUCAGAUGUGUGGAGGCUCUCCUGGGAUCCCAGCCCAACCAAAACCAUUUGCAGAGUGCAGCAUCCAGCGGGUGUGCUGUCGGACCCCUGGGCUAUUACAAUGGCUCGCUGGCGGUCACUGAGGCCGGGGCAGAGUGCCUCAACUGGGCAGAGUUCCCCGAUUAUGUCCAGCAGUACCCAGACCGUGGCCUGGGGGACCACAACCACUGCAGGAACCCAGAUGGGGGAACGACACCCUGGUGCUUCUACCGGCUCUCGUCAGGGGCCAUCGGCUGGUCCAACUGUGACUGUAACCAAGGUGCUGUGCGGUUGGCUGAAGAUAGUAGUGUGGAGCUGUACUUCAGUGGACUCUGGGGUACCAUCUGUGCUGACCACUGGACUGACUGGGAUGCCAGUGUUGUCUGCAGGCAACUAGGUCUCAGUGAGAUCGGCACAGUUGGGAAGAAAAGUCAUCCUGGACCAUGGCCUGUUCCCCUGCACCUACAGUCAGCAAACUGCCAUGGGGAUGAGAAAGCUCUGCUGCAGUGUGGCUAUCAGGAAGCUGUGUCAGGAGCUUGUAAACAGGGGAGUGCCACAGUAACUUGUGUUCCUCCAGAAGGUGUAGGUGCCCCACUGCGUAUUGUUGGGGGGAAGGAGAGCUUUGAAGGGCGAGUGGAGGUUUACCACGAUGGCAAGUGGGGCACCAUCUGUGACGACCAGUGGGAUGACCGGGAUGCUGAAGUAGUCUGUAGACAGCUGGGACUCAGUGGGACCCCAAAAGCCUUGUCAUGGGCUCACUAUGGGCAGGGAUCUGGCCCAAUCCUGCUGGAUGAAGUGCAGUGCUCAGGCAAUGAACUCUCACUUGACCAGUGCAAGAAGAGUGAUUGGGGACAGCAAAACUGUGACCACAUUGAAGACGCUGGGGUCUCCUGUGACCCUUUCACAGAGGGCACUGUCAGGCUGGCUGGUGGCCGCAGCCCCAGCGAAGGCAGGGUAGAAGUUUAUUACAAUGGAGACUGGGGCACAGUUUGUGAUGAUGGCUGGACAGACCUUGGUGCCCAGGUGGUCUGCAGGCAGCUGGGCUUCAGUGGUCCUGCUGCCCUGGCCUCUGAAGGGGACUAUGCUGCUGGCCAAGGCUUUAUCUUACUGGAUGAUGUGGCAUGUGUGGGGACAGAGCUGUCCCUCCUGGACUGUCCCCACAGCAACUGGGGACAGCAUGACUGCUCACAUGCUGAAGAUCUGGGAGUCCGCUGUUCCCCAGAAAGCAACACAGUCAUGGAUGGCAGCCUGGGGCCUCCCAUACGGCUGGUGGAUGGAGAAAGCACCAAGGAGGGACGAGUUGAGGUGUUACUGAAUGGGCAGUGGGGCAGUGUCUGUGAUGAUGACUGGACGGACAGAGAUGCCACAGUGGUUUGCAGGCAACUGGGGUUCAGUGGUACCGCAAAAGCCAGAGCAAUGGCUUAUUUUGGUGAAGGCCAUGGGCCCAUCCAUCUGGACAACAUAGAAUGCAGUGGCACGGAGCACACCCUGGGGCAGUGUGCCAGGUCUGACACCACGAUUCACAGCUGCUGGCACAGUGAGGAUGCUGGUGUGAUCUGUGACUACGUGGAAGAGAAGGUCCAAGAUAUCAGAAGAACAGGUCCAGAGUCUGGUGUGUGUGGGAUGCGCCUUCUCCACCGUCGCAAGAAAAGGAUCAUAGGUGGAAACAAGUCUCCCAGAGGCGGUUGGCCAUGGCAGGCCUCACUUCGGCUGAAGGGUUUUCGUCGAGAUACUCGCCUGCUGUGUGGGGCAACAGUGAUCAGCAGCUGCUGGGUGGUGACUGCAGCCCACUGCUUCAAAAGGUUCGGUGUUGAUGUGCGGCGCUACCUGCUGCGGGUGGGCGAUUACCACACAGGUGUGAAGGAUGAGUUUGAGAGGGAGCUGCCUGUGGAGCGGAUUGUCCUGCACAGGAACUACUGGGCUGGCAGCAAUGACAAUGACAUAGCCCUGGUCCGGGUGAGGGGCAGAGAAGGGCACUGUCUGUCCUUCAAUCGCCAUGUUCUGCCCGUCUGCCUGCCCGACAGGAAAGAGAGGUCUGACAUCAACAGGCAAGCCUGUAUCAUCUCCGGCUGGGGAGACACAGGGAAGUCCUAUUCAAGAACGCUGCUGCAGGGGGUGGUGCCUCUUCUCCCACGGGAAGACUGUGAGGUCCGCUACGGGCAGAAGUUCACUAACCGCAUGAUUUGUGCCGGGAACCUCUCUGAAGAUAAACGAGUGGACAGCUGUCAAGGGGACAGUGGAGGGCCACUCAUGUGUCAGAGGUCAAAUGGGCGCUGGAUCAUUUUGGGCAUCACUUCCUGGGGGUAUGGCUGUGGUCGGAAGGAUUCACCCGGUGUGUACACAAAGGUCAGCAAAUUUGUACCCUGGAUCAAGAGAGUGACCAAGCUAAAAUGAAAAUGACUGGGCUCUAGGAACUUCAGCCUAUGGUCCUUUUGCCCUGCAGCAGCAGAAGGCUGUGGCUUCUGGUUGUGACUGAUGGAGAUUUAUUUUGUCAUUGGACACUGGCAAAGGACUCUGAUGUAGAGCUGGAAGAAAACCAGUUAUGACUGAUGCUUUAAAGUCUUUGAUUUCACUUUAGUCUGUAAUCUGUAAGCAGAGAAAGCAGGUGCACACUGGUAACAAUGAUAAGUAUACGUUGCCCUAAGUAUCUGAGUCCUGUAAUGCAGUGACACUUGUUCCUUUGCCCUGGCACACAGAAAUAGUAGAAGCAGAGAGAUACCUGCCACUGAAAAUCUAUUCCUGUUUGUAUGUUUGGACAGUUGAAAAAUGCUGCAAGGAGAGGUGAGAUGCUUGGAAGAUGGCACCGGGUGCUGGCACAGUGGAAAUCUUCAGAUAUUUUUUCAUAACAGCUCUCUUCAAUUCCAGGAAUCAGAAGAUUUGAGCUGAGCUGGGGUUUUUUUCUUCCCUGUUAUGUCUCUAGGGGGAACCUUUUCUCUUCUGGAUAGUAUGUCUGCUUCCAUAUGAUCCCUUUCAAGUGUCUGCCCCUGCUAAGAGAUGCUUGUCCUUUCUGCUGUAAUCCUCUGUCACACAUUUCUAGCUGCCAGAUGCUAUGUUUUUUUUGCUGCUUUCUCACUAUAGUGGUUCUUUGUGUGUGUUUGUUUUCUUGCUUCCUUAAAGUAGCAAGUUGUUGGUGUGGGAGUAAAUCUUCAUUUUUAAGAGACAGUAGGUUUCUUGCCCUUAUGAUUACUGUGAAGAACUUAAAAAUACGACCUCAGGUGGCUGAAUAGACAUGUUAUUUUUCUUUAAAUCCAAAUGUAAUGUUAAUCUCAAACAUUCAGGUGUUGAAUCAUGAUUUAACAGCACUGUGGGGACUUCCUCUUGGUAGCUUAAUCACCACAGUUAGUAGCUGCCCUUUACUUGUGCUGUUAGUCUUUAAUAUCUCUGUGUUCACAGUUCUCCCAUGAAACGUGGAAAUACUCCUGGGGUAUAGAUACACCUCAAGCAAAUUACUCACUCCUUGUGAAAAACAGUAAGUGUGCUGCAAAGCAGCUUCCUGCUUUCCUGAAGUGUGUCCUAUUCUUGAAACCUCUGGGCUAUUCAUUCUUUUUUUCUCUUCUUUGCACUAUUUCUCUUUUCAUUCCUCUCAUUGGGAGUAAACUGGCUUAACUCAAGGGUAUGCAAGCACUGUCAACAAGCUGUAGUUCUCAGCCUGAACAGAAAUAAUGCCGAGAAAAAGCAGGGAUUAUUGAAUACUUCAAUUUCUUCCUUCCAUCUCAUCCAAACAAAUGAACAGAGUUCCCUCUUAUGCCUUAAGCAGUUUUUAAAGUUAAUUUAUUAUUCUUGAGUAGGUAAAAAAAUAUAAAACUAGACAGAAGGGCUAAGUGCAUUAACAGCUGUGCAGUGCACAGUGUCUUCUCACUGUGUAUAGAUAAGCCAGAGAGAAGACAGGUCUGCUCAGGAGCAGAAAGCUUUGAUGUGUAACAAAGGACCCGAACGUGGAGUAAUAAUACAAGAUGGGACACGUGGAACUUGUGCCAGAUGUGCAUGUUUUGGGUUUGCUCAUGCACUGCAGGGUAGGCAAUCACUGGGUCUGGCACUGACCUGCUGCCUGGAAGGUCUGCACUCAAGGCACUGAGGUGUUCAGUAUCUAGGCAUUAC